AUCGACUUGACCAUGUAUUUGAGGAGUCCAUCCGAGGGGGUGAAAUCAUUGACACGGAUCGUUACAUCGUCUGGAUGGAACGUAGAGAACUUCUCUUUAAGGGGGUGACAGAAGAGGUCCCACCGUUUAGAUGGAUUGUGCUAUGGGCCGGCACUUAUAGCGAUUGUCCUGGAAUAUUCGUGUUAACACCCAAUCCCUUACCCACCCAGCUGAGUCUUGGAAACGUCUUUCUGGACAAGACAAACAUCUUCGAGUCCUUAGAAUGGGACCUGCAGCAAUUUUCAAAAUGGCAGAGCUUUUGGCCAGACCCAAGAGAUCGAUGGUUGUAAGACAGCCCGUCAGAGGUUUCGGGUUGUGAAUUUGAAAUUGCAGGUCUUGAAAAAGACAGGGCAGUCUCGAUAGAGACAUCGCGAAG